GCCGGCCCUGGUAGGCCGGCGAUCAUAGCGGAAUGGGAGUGGGCAGAAAAAAUACUGGCUCUGUUAUCAAGUCACACCGUCAAAAUCUUUGCGAAUUAUUGGAGAAGAACACUGACCACCAAAGGAAGGCAUUUGGACACGUAGAGCAAAAUCUGUAAAAUUGAGUGUAACUUGGCAGUAUGUCUUUACGGAUAGUUCUUUGUAGAUUUGAUAAACUAUUUCAAGUCAAAACAUAUUGAAAUCAAUAGAAAAUAAACACCGGUUGCGAAAAGGAAUUAGAUUUUUCUGGAUUAAAUAUCAAUACAGGUUUGUAGUCUAAAUUACCUGGAUUCUUCUGUCUGCUUUUGACGAGAAAGAGGAGCGGCGCGUAUUCACAUCAUCAUCCCUGUCGGCAGCUGUGCCAUGGCGGCCCCCAUCACCAAUGUUCCUAAAGGCUGUGGCCCCUCCGUGGGCUCCCUGUACUUCAACCUAUGUGACUUGACUGCAGUGUGGGGCAUCGUGGUGGAGUCACUGGCGGCUUUAGGUGUGGUGACGGCCUUCGUCCUCAUCAUCAUCCUCAUGGCCAGCCUUCCCUUCGUGACAGACAGGAAGAGGAAAGGUAUGGUGGCCCUGCAGGCCAGCUUUCUGGUCUUCACCCUUGGCCUCUUUGGCCUCUCUUUUGCCUUUAUCAUGGGCCGGGACUUCACAAGCUGCACCGCGCGUCGCUUCCUGUUUGGUGUACUGUUUGCGGGUGGUCUUGCCUGCCUCCUGAUGCAUGGGCUGUGGCUGGUGCUCCUGAACCGGCAGGGCCAGGGCCCCCGGGGCUGGAUGCUGUGUCUGGGGGCCCUGGCCUUCUGGCUGGUUGAGAUCAUCAUCAAUACAGAGUGGCUGAUCAUCACGGUGGAGAGGAGGCCAAUGACAGCCAGUGGCAGCCCUGACAUCUCCUGCAGUAUCACCAACCAGGACUUUGUCAUGGCUUUGAUCUAUGUCAUGGCCCUGCUGCUGGGCGUGGUGCUGAUGGCCGUGCCCUCGCUCACACACAAACACAAGGCCUGGCGGCGGGACGGAGCCUUCAUCCUGGCCACCGGGGUCUGCUCCAUGGCCGUGUGGGUGGCCUGGAUCGUCAUGUACAUCCAUGGGAACCAGGUGGCCGGGGACCCCAGCUGGGACGACCCCACCCUGGCCAUUGCCCUGGUCAGCAAUGCCUGGGUGUUCUUGGUCCUAUACACCAUCCCAGAAAUCUGCUCCCUCACCAAGGAGCAGGAGGAGGGGGAUGAGCAGCCCAGUGAUGGGGAACACAUUAUCUACCCAGUCAGGAGCUUGGUCUAUGAUAACAUUCUGAAGGAGCAGAACACUGCAGCAGCAUCCCAUCAGAACAUGUACAUGGAGAACAAGGCCUUCUCCAUGGACGAACCCAACACAGCAGCCAACAAGCCUGUAUCUCCAUACGGUGGUUAUAGCGGUCAGCUCCGCAGCUGUGUGUACCAGCCCACAGAACUAGCUCUAAUCACCAAGAGCCUGGCAAAUAGGGACCAGUCCCAUGAGACGGGCCUCCCCAGGGCCACGUCCCCCCCUCUAAACCAGAGCAGCAGCUCCCUGCCUCACUCUCUAGUGCCCCUACCCACCACAGGACUGUCCCCAGCAGUCAGUGGAAAUGGUGUGUAUAAGAAGCCUCUGUGGUGAAUCUAUGCUACUACAACCUGGUUCCUGUUCUUCACCCUCCCCCUAUUCUACUCUGUGCCCUAGUUUCCCCUGCAGCCCCAAAACCUUUGACCACUGUAGAGGCCAGGCUGUUCUGUACAUACAGUAGGGCUGGAGGGAGCCAGUGUCAGAGGAGAGGCCACAGUCUUGGUGCUGUGCACCCAGAACAAGUGUGUCUCUCAUCUCCCUGUGUCUCAUCCAGACUGUCCCAGUGGCAGUACUAGCCACCCUCCACCCACCCAUCUCCCAAGCCAGCACUCCCCACCCCCGGGCCACAACCCCAUGCACUGAUGGGAGAUCCAACCAACACAGCAACACACAGCAGUGUGGCCAGAGUGAAUGGACAAUGAGGCAGUUUCAAAAGGAAUUUGUUGCACAGCCAUAAAAACCUUUCAGUCUAAGCCCUGUAAAAAAUCUAAAGGAAGUUUGUUCUGAAGUGUCUGUCCUAUAUAUAAGAAAUACUUAAAACAUUUUUUUACUUGUAUUUAACCACUUAUUUUUUGGAACUAAACUGUUUCCAUAUAUACUUCCAUUCAUUUGGUACUGGGAGACCUUCAGACGAGUCCUGUGAAAGCCUCUGGGCAUCCUAGAGCAAAUGUACAGUGGCUUGCGAAGUAUUCACGAUUUUUCCUAUUUUUCCUAUUUUAUUGCCUUACAACCUGGAAUUAAAAUAGAUUUUUCAGGGGUUUGUUUCAUCUGAUUUACACAACAACAUUUGAAGAUGUAAAUUAAUUUCUAUUGUGAAACAAACAAGAAAUAAGACAAAAAAAAAACGGAACUUGAGCGUGCAUAACUAUUCACUAUUCAAAA